ACCUCUUCCGACUCGUCUCGAUUCGGAUCGCAUACGAUUCUUCGUUUCGUUGUUCUUCCUGUUCUUCUUCUAUCCGGAUCAAGAACUCUCCCCAUUUUUUUCCCUCGUUCUUACUCGUUAACUCCCGAUCUAACCAAGAAUAAUAAAGGUACGGUAAUGGCUUCGGCAGCUCUUAUUUGUGACAGUGAACCAUGGAAGGACUUGAAGGAACAUGUUAAUGCGAUAGAGAAGAAACACUUAAGAGAUCUGAUGAAUGAUGUUGAGCGGUGCCAGUUAAUGAUGGUAGAGAUCGAUGGGAUACUUUUGGACUAUUCACCACGUGUCCGCCUUGACACCAUUGGAAAACUUCUCAAACUAGCAGAGGUGGUAAAUGCUGCAGUCUUAUUCAUAGUGUUAAGAUACUUUUCUUAUGUCUCUUCCAUCGAAUUAUUGCAGGCAGCACAGCUUAGGCAAAAAAUUGACAUGAUGUACAAUGGAGAUCAUAUAAACAGUACUGAGAAUAGGUCGGUUCUGCAUAUUGCUUUGCGAGCUCCAAGAGAUAAAGUUAUUUGUAGUGAUGGAAAAAAUGUGGUACCAGAUGUUUGGUAUGUUUUGGACAAGAUUAAAGAAUUCUCUGAAAGGGUGAGAAGUGGAUCCUGGGUUGGAGCAACAGGAAAGGCAUUAAAAGAUGUUGUGGCCAUUGGUAUUGGUGGCAGCUUUCUAGGCCCAUUAUUUGUGCAUAACGCUCUUCAGACAGAUCCAGAGGCUGCAGAUUGUGCCAGAGGACGGCAGCUGAGAUUUCUUGCAAAUGUUGAUCCAGUUGAUGUGGCUCGAAACAUCAGUGGAUUAAAUCCUGAAACUACCUUAGUUGUGGUGGUUUCAAAAACUUUUACAACAGCCGAAACCAUGCUGAAUGCCAGAACAAUGAGAGAGUGGAUCUCAUCUGCUCUUGGGACUCAAGCGGUUGCAAAGCAUAUGGUGGCAGUCAGUACAAAUCUAAUGCUUGUCGAGAAAUUUGGUAUUGACCCUGCUAACACUUUUGCAUUUUGGGACUGGGUUGGUGGUCGCUAUAGUGUUUGCAGUGCUGUUGGUGUGCUUCCGUUGUCUCUCCAGUAUGGUUUUCCAAUUGUUGAGAAGUUUUUAAAUGGAGCUUCUAACAUAGAUAAUCAUUUCUACUCAGCUUCAUUCGAAAGGAACCUGCCUGUACUUCUAGGUUUAUUGAGUGUGUGGAAUGUUACAUUUCUUGGAUAUCCUGCAAGAGCCAUAUUGCCUUACUCUCAGGCACUUGAGAAGUUUGCCCCACAUAUUCAACAGGUUAGCAUGGAGAGUAAUGGAAAAGGUGUAUCGAUUGAUGGUAUUCCACUUCCCUUUGAAACUGGUGAAAUAGAUUUUGGAGAACCUGGAACUAAUGGUCAGCACAGCUUCUAUCAGUUAAUUCAUCAGGGAAGGGUGGUUCCUUGUGAUUUUAUAGGCUCAAUCAAAAGUCAGCAGCCUAUAUACCUGAAAGGGGAAGUAGUGAGCAACCAUGAUGAGCUCAUGUCAAACUUUUUUGCACAGCCAGAUGCUCUUGCUUAUGGGAAGAGUCCAGAACAGUUGCUUCAGGACAGUGUACCUGACCACCUUGUUCCUCACAAGACCUUUUCUGGCAACCGACCAUCCUUGAGUCUACUAUUACCUUCCUUAGAUGCUUAUAAUAUUGGAAAGCUAUUGGCCAUCUAUGAGCAUAGAAUUGCUGUUGAAGGCUUCAUAUGGGGGAUUAAUUCUUUUGACCAGUGGGGUGUGGAACUCGGCAAGGUCUUGGCAUCUCAAGUUAGAAAGCAACUGCACUUAUCUCACACAAAAAGGGAGCCUGUUCAGGGAUUUAACUUUAGCACAACCACUUUGUUAACAAGAUAUCUUGAGGUGGAACCUGGCACCCCAUCUGAUUCUACUAUGCUGCCAAGAGUGUGACUUUGGAUCACUUAGCAUCAUAUAUCAUAUGCUCGUCUACCAGCUACAAAAUAAUUCUGUGGCAUCCUCCAGGGUUGUAAUCUGAGUCAGACAUGGCAUCUGAACUCACAUGUUUUGACCCUGGAUACCAUCUUACAUGGAAGCCUUGACUUUUGAGUUUUUUUAUUCCAUGUAAUAACACCAGUGCAUCAAUUUAUUUGUGGAUCUCUGCAGAUUAGAUUAGAUCAACAUGGCUUUCAGAUGGUGGAAGGAUGUUAAUGCUUAUGCAUUCAUGGAAGGCAAUAAGCCUGCAGAUUGAGAUUAGAAUAUGAUUUUUA